AUGGACAAAAGUUGGAUGAAUCUGUCCAAUAGACUUCGCUCACCUGCUUAUGCCGAAGGUGUUAGGAAUUUUCUCCAAAUGGCACAAAACCAUGCCAUGGGAAAUGAUCGCAUUCGGUGUCCCUGCCGGAUAUGUAGUAAUAAUCUUUUCCUGCCUUUAUCGAUCGUAGAGAGUCACUUGUUCAUAAAAGGAAUUGAUCCUAACUACAAUGAAUGGAUUUUCCAUGGUAAAGAGGAAACCCAGAAUUUGAACAUGGACGAUGAAGACGCCGAGAUGAGUUAUGAUGAUGAAUUCAUAGAUGACAUGGACCAUUUGUUAGACGACAUAUGGGCCGGGAAAAACGUUGAUGUACCCCAAAGCAGCACACCAAUGCCAAUGCAUGAUUCAGUACCUGCAUCAUUUUCAAUGUCAUCUUUUGACCAGCUAUUAGAGGAUGCCCGACGUCCACUUUUCAAUAGUUGUACAAAAUUCUCGAAACUGUCAUUCAUUGUCAAGUUGUUACAUAUUAAAACAAUUGGCCGUUGGUCAAUUAAGUCAUUUGAUAUGCUCCUAGAGUUGUUGAGGUCAGCCUUCCCGAAUGUUGAGUUGCCACACUCUUAUGAAGAGUCACGAUCAUUGGAGCGAGGUUUGGGCUUCAAGUACCACAAAAUUCAUGCAUGUCCUAAUGACUGUAUCUUAUUCUGGAAGGAAAAUUCAGAAUUGAAUUCAUGCCCUAUAUGUAAGGCCUCGAGGUGGAUGCCAACUACAAAUGGGACAUGGGUGAUCCCUCAAAAGGUGUUGCGGCAUUUUCCAUUGAAGCCAAGACUGCAGCGGCUUUUUCUGUUUACAAAGAUAGCUGCAGAUAUGAGAUGGCAUAAAGAGCAGCGAGUUAAUGAUGAGAAUAAUUUGAGGCAUCCCGCCAACUCCGAGUCUUGGAAGACAUUUGAUGCAGACCAUAAUGGUUCGCUAACGAUGCAUGCAAUGUUAGGCUUGGUUUGGCAAGUGACAGUUUCAAUCCCUUCAAUAACAUGGCUAAGCCUUACAGCAUAUGGCCAGUGA